AUUGCGGAUGCAGUCGAGUCAGUAAGUGGAGAGUUGGAGCGGCUGGAAAUGGACAGCACCUUGCAUGGUGGAUCAACAGCACUCGUAGAAGAGCUGGUUCCAGAGAAUGCCACAGAUGUCUACAAGAAUUAUCAGUUUCGACACAACUAUGCCCAGCUGCCUGUUUUAGAGGCUCAUGAUACA